AUGGCAACCCCACCGGACAGUCCAAUCGAGGAAGUCGUAUACGAGCUGGAACCGACCCGAGCGCCGAAACCAAUCCCGGUGGCACUCGAGGACCUCUGUCGGCUCACAAAGUUCACCCGGCAGGAAAUACGUGUUAUGUAUCGAGGCUUCAAAACGGAAUGCCCCGACGGAGUAGUCCACGAAGAUAGUUUUAAGGACAUCUAUGCAAAGUUUUUCCCUCAUGGAAAUUCCAGCCUUUAUGCACACUAUGUGUUCAAAGCGUUUGAUGUUAAUUGUAACGGAUCCAUCAGCUUUCGGGAUCUGUUGGUUACUCUAUCCACUCUGCUACGUGGUUCCGUAUACGAGCGGUUGCGAUGGACUUUCCGUUUGUAUGAUAUCAACGGUGAUGGCUGCAUUAGCCGGGGGGAGUUGGGCGAAAUUGUUACGGCUGUGCACGAGCUUAUGGGUAGAAGGCCCCACCAGCCCGAUGACGAUCAGAAAGCUAAAGAACAGGUUGAUCGCGUAUUCCGAAAGCUAGAUCUGAACCAGGAUGGCAUAAUUACGAUCGAAGAGUUCCUGGAAGCCUGUCUGAAGGACGAUGUCGUUACCAAGUCGCUGCAGAUGUUCGAUACUUGCCUUUGA